AUGGGCGGUGGAGGAAAAUGCCUUCCCAAUUCCUCUUUCCCCGAAACUACAACCCACCCGGAAUCCCUCCCCAAACCCUCCCUAAAUGCCAUUGGAUGCUCCGAUUACACAGUUGCAGAGCAAUCGGAUGGCUCCAAGGCGGAGUCGUUCUCAUUUUCUCAAAGCGCAUCCGAAGACGAGAGAGAAAGCAAGGUUUUCAUGGCUCUAAUGGAAUCGUACUGCAGUUCCCGAGCACAAUCCCGAGGCGCCCUUGAUGAUGAGAAGCUCGCCAUUCUAAGGUCCUUUUCAGAUGGAUACUAUGCUAGAACAGGGGAAGGUACUUGUUUCUUGCAGGAAUACCCAAUUCCGAGGAACUCGGGGACACUUUGUGUUUAUGAUACUCGAAGCUUGUCGUUGGUGCCAUCUGAAAACUUGCAUUUACUCAUGCGAUGGAUGACCAAUGGCGUCGUACAUGGAGAGAUGGCCUUCCAUAUUUCAGAUGAUGCUAUAAAAAAGAACAAGAUGAAAAUCAAGGCAAAAAACCUUCAUGGCUACUUUUGCAAAAAGAGGACAGUAAAUUUUGUCAUUUUGGUUGUUAAUGGAGUGUCUAUUUUAGAAUCAAUGGAAAGCAAGGAAACCCAGUAUAUUGACAUGAUUGUUCAGACUUUUAACUCUCCAUAUGUUGCAUUUAGAGAUAACAAGCCUGCUGUUGUAAUUACGCAUGGUGAUAAAUUGUCAUUUCAUGAUCGUGCCUUUGUACGUGCUAAGCUUGGAGAAUUGUUGGGAAUCCCUCCUUGCAUGCAAAUAUUUGACAUUCCAGAAAAUACGGACUAUGUUACUGAAGCAUCCAUUGUGAACCUGUUACGCUUUUGCAUUGAGAAUUCUGACAGAAAUCUUCCUCCUAAACGAACAUUCUGGAUUGAGGCACAAAGGUCUUUGAAGAAAAUUUGCAGCAUAAUGCAACAGCAGAAUCCUUUUGAAGUGCUGAUUUUAUUUGUGUCCUGCUUUGUGUCUAUCUACGCUCUGGUGCGGAUCAUAUUAUUGCAAAUGGAGUGAAGAAAUGCUAUGCCCCAUUUCUGUCACCUACGACUUGGAUACCUUUACUUCUCAUGUAAAGAAGCUUCAUAGAAUAAAGUAGGAUUUUGUGAAUUAUACAUUUCAUUGAUUUCUCUGUUCAUCAGUGCCCCUUUUAGUUUUUCCAUGCCAAUUGAAAACUGCGCAAUAAGCAUCUUUGUUGAUUUUUGCUUCGUUUGA